GCAGGUCAAGGAACGCUCGGUCUUAUUUGCUUGAUUAGGGCCAGUGUUUCCUGCACCAACUUCCCAUCCCUUUCCUCAGGCCAACUCCACCAGACAGAAAUUUCACACAUUCAUGGAGUUUAGCCCCUGAACGGGUAACCUUGGCAAGGCCCCUCUGGUCUAAGGGAAGGAAGGUGCUGCUCUAGGGAGGUCGAUGCAGCCAGGCCCUUCCUUGGCAGGUCUGUCAGAUUGGAGGGUUAGCUUUCUAAGGCUUUGGUUUUGCUGAGCCAGAGUCUAAAUUCUAUACACAAGCACACAUGCGUUUUUUUACUCCCUUAAUGCCUUUUUUUUCUGUCCUGCUCCAAUACCCUGGUUCUCUGAUGUGAGCCUAAGGGCCUUUGGGUUUCCUCCUCAACAUCCAUCCAGAAGGUCAAAAGCUCGUGGACACCGGUGGGACUUUCCUAUAAACAAGUAGUUGCUCAUCCGGGCCGGGAGGUGAUUGUUUGGGUCUACCCUUCUGAUGAAAAGAGAAAGGAAGAAUGGAUUAUAGUCACCAAACGUCCCUAGUCCCAUGUGGACAAGAUAAAUACAUCUCCAAGAAUGAACUUCUUCUGCAUCUGAAGACCUACAAUUUGUACUACGAAGGCCAGAAUUUGCAGCUCCGGCACCGUGAGGAGGAAGAUGAAUUCAUCGUGGAGGGGCUGCUGAACAUCUCGUGGGGGCUGCGCCGGCCCAUCCGUCUGCAGAUGCAGGAUGACAACGAACGCAUUCGCCCCCCGCCGUCCUCUUCCUCCUGGCACUCUGGCUGUAACUUGGGGGCACAGGGCACCAUCCUGAAGCCCCUCACCGUGCCCAACAUUCAGAUCUCAGAAGCGGAUGCCCCGCCCGAGAGUGAACAGACAUCAAGUCCCGCAGACUCCAGGGGCCUGAAGACCGUGCAGGAAGACACCCCACAGCUGAUGCGCACGCGCAGUGAUGUUGGGGUACGUCGCCGUGGCAAUGUGAGGACGCCCAGCGACCAGAGGCGAAUCAGACGCCACCGAUUCUCCAUCAAUGGCCAUUUCUACAACCACAAGACGUCCGUGUUCACGCCGGCCUAUGGCUCUGUCACCAACGUCCGCAUCAACAGCACCAUGACCACCCCGCAGGUUCUGAAGCUGCUGCUCAACAAAUUCAAGAUCGAGAAUUCUGCAGAGGAGUUUGCUUUGUAUGUGGUCCAUACCAGUGGUGAGAAACAGAAGCUGAAGAACACCGAUUACCCGCUUGUUGCUCGGAUCCUCCAGGGCCCAUGUGAGCAGGUCUCCAAAGUGUUUCUUAUGGAGAAGGACCAGGUGGAGGAAGUCACCUAUGAUGUGGCUCAGUACAUAAAGUUCGAGAUGCCUGUCCUUAAAAGCUUCAUUCAGAAGCUCCAAGAGGAAGAAGAUCGGGAAGUCAAGAAGCUGAUGCGCAAGUAUACCGUGCUCCGGCUGAUGAUCCGGCAGAGGCUGGAGGAGAUGGCUGAGACCCCAGCAACAAUCUGAGCCACAAGAGGGAGGGGAUCCAGAUGCCACCGGAGCUGCCGCUGACAUGAGAAGACGCACAGGAAGCUGGAUACCUUCCUUCCAUGGAACCGUUUAGAUGCAGACCUUUCCAGCUCCCGCCAGGCCACCAUUCGCCGCCCUGAGCGGGAUGGAGAGGCCAGCAGACAGUUCCGCAUCGUUGGAUCCCUGCACCCCACUCCUUUCUUUCACUCACAGGGACUUUUGAGCUUUGUUAUAAGGACCUAAAAUGUGUGCGUGUGUAUGUGUGUGCACGAGCAUGUGCACGCAGUGGAAGCCUGUGUGCACACAUGGUACAUAUCCACGUGCCUACCUGAUAUUCACAUGCAGCUGAAUUCUAAACAACCAGCACGAGUGCCGUGGGGCUUGCAGGUAUGGUGCCCGAGUGCGGGCAAAUCAGAGGCGUCACCCGUUUGAGGGAUUUAAGCAGAAGACAAGAUCUUCCAGUGCCAGGGCAGCCACACGUGUUUAGAAGAGAAGGGGCUCAGCAAGCUCACCAUCUGGGAUAUUUAUAUGUUAGUAGAGAUUCUCCCUGUACUCCUAAAAGGAUUAGGGAUUGGACAUUAACAAAAUAACAGCCCCCCACCCCUCGGGAAAGUGCGAUGGAAAGAGAAGGAGAAAACGUCCUUGCGGUAGCUGCAAUAAGCCCAUGCGUUUUGACACUGGAAACUUUGAUGGUUUUAAAUAACAAAGACGUAUGUGAUGAUCUCUGUGGAUUCCGCCUCUGUCCUCGCCGCGUCUCCGUGGCCACCUCUGGGAGACAGGAGAGGAGCCUGAUGCUGCGUUCAGCACACCAAGCUGCCAGCCCCAACUCUCUGGUGCCUCCUUGUGUUGAAGGAAGGGUCUCACUGCUCUGUGCAUGGCAGACUGGCUCGUGUGGCCAGGGCCUGGCCUGUUCUGGGAUGGUGGCCGGAGAGUUUCCCGCUUUAGGGAAAUGUAGAGACGCCUGUGAGCCCAGCCGUUUUGUAUCAUCAGGGGAUACUCCUGCGCCUGAUGCUGAGGCCAUGUGUUUGAAGUCAAGGCUCUAAUCUUUCCAACCACUGGAUUCUUGCAAGUUGUCCUCACCUUGUGUGUGGAGAUGGACUCCAAGAAUGAGCCUGCUAUUGACUGAGUGUGGGGCUCGGGGAAGCUCUCUGGGCUGCCCCGGAAAGGUGCAUAGGCAGGGUGGAGCUUCUCUUUCAGCUUCUCUGAGCAGCCACCUGGGGUGAUCAUUAGAACAGACCCAAAUGCAGGGAAAGGGCAGGUAGUCUGUCCCCCUGGGAUCCCCAUCAGGAAGACUUCCAGGCAGCUGGGCCACAGUGUGGCUGACAUAGGUUGAAGAGGGACAGAUAGAUGCCUGGGGGCGGGGGGCCUGGUUGGGGAUCAACCAAGCAAGGCCAGGAGCUCCUAACGACAGGUGUCUCAGCCUUGUUGGUGGAGAGACUCCCCAUCCCUUCACCUCCUCUCCAAGGAAGGUUUGGGGAGCUGGGCAGUUGGGGGAAGGAGAGCCACUGGUCAGCGCCUGCAGGGAAGUAGAGGUUAGCAGCUGAGCGGUUCCUGGCCCCUGCUCUCCCCUUGGCCCCCCCCUCCUCUUUAGAUGGCUCACAGCUGUGGUCUCAUUGUUGAUUUUCAAAGAGAUGGCCUGUGGCCACCUGGCAUGGUGCCGGGGGACUCUUAGCGAGGUGACCUCCUCUUCGGGGACACGCCACCAGCCCUGUGGGCCGUGGACUGGAAAUCCGGCGACCUUAGUCUCAAUCACACAUCUCAGUGGGCCUCUGAUAGAUGCACAGAAAAACCGGGGGCGGGAGAGGCUUCCUUUGUUACAGAUGGGCGAGAGCCGGUGUGUGAAAGAUGGGGUGGGGGCGGAUUCUGGGGGGAAGUCAGGGGAAAUUACAUCUUACAGGAUACAUUCCACUUAAUGUGGGCCGUACUUUGCCACUUUGGCCCACCCUGUUUAGAGAUCAUUUCUUACUUCCUAAUAACGCGUUUGGGAAUUUUGGAAAGAUCCUUUGAAAUAGCAGCGGCUGAAACAGAGACACUUCACCACAGCAGAGCCGGAUUUUCUCACUGGUAUCACAUGGCCUGGUGGCUUUGAAUUCCUGUACUGAUUUGUGGGGGUUUAUGUAAUUGAGUGCAAUGAACCUGAAAUCGUGUGAAGAACAAAAGACCAAUUUAUAGGGUUUUUUUCCCCCCUAACUUGUGAAAAGCAGUAUAGCCACAUCUGACUUUCUUUUUCUAGGGGUUUAGGUUACAAGGUGAUCAAAUGAAGGAAAAGCCUGGGUCCGCUUCCCCAGGUCAUGGUGAGAUUAAGCACAAGGUCACAUUCUCGGUGAUCACGUGAGUGGACAGGUGAUGAGUUAAAUGGGGGUGGGGGGUGCAUUGGGGAGAGACUGAGAAGCACAAACAGCAGGCUUGCCUGUGCGUGCUGGCGAGGAAUGUGCGCUCCUGUCUCCUGGCUGAUGGACUUGGAUUCUAAGUGAGGUUGAGGAGGGAGGAGCUCAGAUUAGCUACCCACUUUGGAGAAAAAUACAGGGACUGAGGUUUUGGUCUGAGACUUCAAGGAGAAAUAUUUGCACCCUUCCCUCCUCCCUCCCAGAAAGAAAACAAUAAUACUCUCUCCUGGAGAUGCCCAGAUAAAGACAUUUUAUCAUCCUUGCAGAUUAGACUUUGAAGUAUAAUGACACACACACAAAUCUGUUCUCGGAUGCAAAACUUUCUGGCCCGAAUCCUUUUCUGCAGAGUUGGGUGGUUAUUUUAGAGUGUCAGGAGCGAAGAGAAGCAAUGGAUCCCAGAAGGGCAAGAAACUCUUAAGAGAAGCUCUCUUAAGAAAAAAAAAAAAUCCAAAGCUCCUUAUUAGUAUGGAGAAAUAUGGUGUCCUAGAUACAUCGCCAAGAGAGAAAUUUCUGUAUGAACAAGGGAAUUUCAGGGCCUCAUGGCCAAACCAUGAUGUGGGGGCUGAGACAGUAAGCAGAGAAAGUCUCUAACAUCCUCUAUGCAGCAGUGCACAUUUUUGAGUUAUUGCUUAAACUGCACACAAAUUCUUGAGUCAGUCUCCAAGAGGGAGAGAGGCAAAAAUGAAUGUAGCAACCCUCCUUUCAGCUGGGACUGAAAGUGGGACUGAAAGCGGUUCACGGGAGGUUACGGCGCCCCCUGUGUUUUACCCAAGCACAAGAUGUGGACGAGCUGUGAAGGGAAUGCCUCAGUUUACCCCUGGAGUCUUCCCAACCAAUCACAGACCUGCUUCCUGAGGCCGGUGGUUUCUGGCGUGUUACUACUGCUCGUAACAGGGUUUCCCCACUUGUUUUAGCUUUGUGAAGUAUCCUUUUCUUAAUCCUAACUUGCCUUCUGCAAUGGUACAUGACCAGGUUCACUGCUGGUUUUUGGAACUUAUAAACGGAUGCAUCUAGGGAUCAAGAUGUGAUUUGACAAGGCCUCAGGUGGGGCCACGUGUUUCUGUAACAUUUUGAUAUGUUUCCUUGCGCCUAACGUAGAUCUUGUUGAAAUAAAGCACUUUUUAAAGUC